CUUGUAUGCGCUGACCACGGCACUCCCGGAUGCGACCUGUCGGAUCCUGUGCUCUACCGUCACCCGCACCAGCACGUUUCCUGUUGAAUCUUAUCUAUUGUGUUAGAUAUAUAUCACCAGCGCUAUGCCCUCCCCAUAUGCCAAAGACCAGCCCUCCGGUUUCAUCAACCGCAUUGAGCGCAUCGCAGUCGUCGGGGCCGGAGGGUCCAUAGGGCAGCACAUUGCCUCCGAGCUGGUCAAAACCGGCAAGCACACGGUGACCGCGCUGACCCGACCGGACAGCAAGAACAAGCUGCCAGCAGGGGUGACCCCCGUGUAUGUUGACUACAACGACGAAUCCUCCCUCGUCGCAGCCCUGCGAGGCCAGCAGUUCCUCGUCAUUACCAUGGCCGUCACCGCGCCGCCCGACACCCAGUCCAAGCUGUUUCGCGCGGCCGCCAAAGCCGGCGUCCCCUAUGUCAUGCCCAACGGGUACGGGUCGGACUUCACGAACGACGCGCUCGCGAGAGAGACACUCAGGGGCGAUGUGAUUCGCAAGCUGGUCAAGGAGAUCGAGGACACCCAGGUGUGUUCGUGGAUCACGCUUGUGUGCGGGUUUUGGUACGAGUUCAGCAUGGCCAGGGGGGAGGAGUGCUUCGGGUUGGACACGCAGAAGAAAAGGCUCACCUUCAUGGAUGGCGGAAACACCAAGAUCAAUAUCAGUACCUGGGAGCAGUGUGGCCGUGCGAUCGCGGGCCUGGUCAGUUUGAAGGAACUGCCCGAGGACGCGAACGACACGAGCCCGACCGUGAGUAGCUGGAAGAACAAACCGCUGUAUACGGCCAGCUUCCUGAUUAGCCAGCGGGACAUCUUCGAGAGCUGGAAACGAGUCACGGGGGAUCGGGACGAGGACUGGACGUUCCGCGACGAACCCAGUCACGAGCGGUAUGCUCGGGGUCGGGAGCGCCUCCAGAGCGGUGAUAAGAUGGGCUACGUGCAGAUGCUGUAUUCCCGGCAGUUCUAUCCCAAUGGCGAUGGGGACUUUGGGGCAAAACAUGGCCUGGCGAAUGACCUCCUGGGCCUGCCCCGGGAGGAUCUCGAUGAGGGUACGAGACGCGCCAAGGCGCUGAUUGAAAGCGGAUAUGCCUAUCACUGAGCCACCAGGGCUCCUCUC